CAAAAUACACCUAUUUUAAAUACCCCAUUACAUGGUGUUGGGCGUCGUUCUCAUGAGAAAGAGUUUAUUAAUUGACAAGAUUAGCCUUCAAAUUAUCUAUUGACAUUUUCAUUUCAGGUCAUUAUCAUAAUUAUUAUAUUCUGUGUUUGAUCUCGUAUAAUUAUGUCCUCUAUUCUCUCAACGUACAGGGUAAAUAUGAUAAUUGUUAUUAUUGUUAUAUUGAGAUGAGUAGCUCUAGUUCUAGUGACUCUGAACAAUCACCUAGUGAAUUCGAGGUUUCAUUAUUACGUUUACCUAUUGAUUUAAAAGUAAAAUCUCUGGAUAAAUCAGAAUUAUUAGAGCUAGGCAAACAGUUAGGUAUUCACAUCCCUCAAUCUGUUAAUAUUGAAUACUUGAGAUUCGCUGUUGACUUGGCAAAAAAAGUUUGUAUUUAUGUGGACCACGAUUCAGGAGCUAGAGAUGCUCUAAGUCGAUUACUUAAGUUAGGGUCCCUGUCUCAACGCGAUCGUAUUAUCUUCCCUAUGUUAGCCGAUUACGAGCGAAUAGUAGGCAAGCUAGGCAGAAAUCAAGAACACAUCUACGACACAGUAGCUCCCGAUAACUUAGCAAAUAUCCUAAUUCCAGAAAAUAAUAUGGCAGGGAAUGAUAAAAGACCCUUUGCGAAACCCGAAAGCUAUGGGGGUACAAAGAGUGAAGACUUCAACGAGUGGUUGAAAACCUUCAAUAGGGCAGCAAAAAUAAAUAAGUGGGAUGAGGAUGAUAAAAUCUUGUAUUUACCCCUCUACCUCAAGAAAACAGCAUUGGCAAUUUUCGACAUAUUUUCGGAUAAAAAUGAAAACGCGACAUUUCUUGAUGCAGUAGGCCACUUAAAAAGUAAACUUGUAGACCCUGUUCAUGAAGAGACAACCAGACAAAAACUCGAAAACAGAAACAAAUUACCAACAGAAACAUACACAGAAUACACAGCAGAUAUAAUAAAACUUUGUCACAUUCUUGAGCCUCAAAUGUCAGAGAAAAGAAUAGUAGGAUAUGUUUUGAGAGGCUUAGACGUAGGAGCAUUGCAACAUGUUGCUUUCAUGGACAAUGCAUCAGUUGAAGAUUUAGAGAAAAAUCUCGCCAAAUAUGAAAGAUCUCGCUUCCUUCUAGACAAAAAGUUAGGAAUGCAUAAUGCUUCAAUCCUGUCAGAUGACGAAGAAGACGAUUGCCAGUUCAAGCAGAAAGGCCUCUGCUUGAUUCCGAGGAAAAAGAUGUCGAACUCCGCCACCCAAGCCACUUGUCUCCACCUUCUAACAUCAGAAGCAGACGUAUCGGAGCUACGAGAAGUCUGCAAAUUUGAUUGUAAAGCAACUGACAAUCAAACCCUAAUCACUCGCCUACGAGAAGACACCUUCCUAUUCCACAACACCGGCAAAAAGACGACAAUUCGCUGUAAAAACUCAACAACUGAGGUCCCAAGCAACAGUCCAGGAACCCUAUCACUCCACAUCCCUUGCAACUGCGAACUUCAAGACGACAACGGCGACGUACUGAUAAGCACUCUUUAUCCUUGCGACUCCCGUUCCCAUCCUUCUCCAGCUAUUAAUAACUUAAUUCCUCACAUGUGGACAAAUUUAUCUAAAUUGAGCAUCCCAAUUUUUAAACAUGAGACUCUGCCUCAGUACUUAAACCUUUCGGAAAUCUUAAAUGAAAAUUGGCACUUGAAUUUUUCAAAAUUUGAAGAGCACAACUCAUUCUCAGAAGACAUUUUCCAUCAUGUUGAAAUGCCAAAUAACUUUGAUUUGUUAGGGGUGAACAAUAAACUGAUCAUUUAUAUUAUUAUUGUCUGGCAAACACUGAUAACUGUUAUAUUCUUGUAUUUAUGUCUUCAAAAUUAUAUUAAGAAGAAAGCAAAUCAACUGAGAGUCCCGAAACGUACUCCAAUUGUGGACUACCCACAGGAGCUUUAAGAAUAUAUUGUGUUUUAGUAAAGUAGUAUGUAAUGAAAUCAUUAAAAUAAUGGGUUAGGAUAUAGGAAACUAUGCAAAUAAUAAUUACUUAUUCACUAUUAUUGUAUCCAUUUACUCUUUUAUGCUAUCGAUUCAAAUAUUUUCCCAGAUUAGAAGAUAAACUAUUUCAAUUAUUAUUAUUAUUCUUAUUUUCAAGGUCCACAAUAUUAUUUUGCUUACUCGAAUACU